AUGUUGUUCUUUAUAAAUGUGAUCAAGAUAACAUAUCUUAUAGUAACUUGGCUAUGUGGGUCCAUCUUAAACUCAUCUAUUGUAGCUGUGUAUCUCAGAGAGUGGAAGAAUGGAAUGAGCCUUGGUGAGUGUGAUCGGACCAUUCUGACCAUGGGGUGCAACAACCUAUUCCUACAGUGCUUUUUAACCAUGAAUGAAGUCAUUACUAUUUUUGAACUGUACGGGUUGUUUCUUAAAGAGUUCACUCUAGUUGGUUGUAUAUUGUACUUCUUUUUGUGCUACGUCUCUAUGUGGCUCACUGCCUGGCUUUCCAUUUGCUACUACGUGAAACUAGUCAACUUUUCACAUCGAUUGUUAAUUAGGUUUAAAAGAACAAUCCCCUCUGCAAGUGCUCCUUUCCUCUUCGGAUCAGUGGUGGGUUCAUGCUUGAUUAAUGUUCCCUUCAUUUGGACAAUGGAUACGGAAUUUCUGCAAAAUACCACCGUAUCGGCUGAAAACUUUCUCUUCAAAAUGGAUCUUAGAUUCAUGUCUUUCAACGUUGUUAUUGGUUCCUGUGUGCCUGUCCUUGUCACCUCUGUUUGUAUGGGAUUUAGUGUGAUGUCCCUUCUGAGACAUGUCCAGAGGAUGAAGAACAACACUUCUCAGUCCUGGAAUCCUCAGUUGCAGAGCCAUGUCCGAGCUUGCAGAACAAUGUCCCUCCUGAUGAUUAUGAACUUGAUUUUCUUUUUGGCAGUUAUUACUGUGGCCAUGGGUCUUACAAAAUUCAAUGACAUCAUUGCUAGACGUAUAAUAUACUGGUUAGUUGUUAUGGCAAGUCCCUCAGCCGAAGCCAUCAUUCUGAUCCUUGGAAAUACCAAGCUAAAAAUGGCCUUGCCAAAGAUCUGUUUUUGA